AUGGAAUCUUACCAAAACAGUAACGUUAUGCCUGCUCUGCACUUUGGUCCUCGCAUGGGGCCUAUGCAAAACUUCGUCAAUUCAACUUCGCAGAUGACGAGCGGAUUCUAUCAUGACAGUACGCUCCAGUACCCACCGGCCCUCCCGACCCUCCUCUGGAACGAUCCAAGGGUGACGUACACGCCAGGACACUACACUCCGAGAAACCUUCGCGAAGACCACCUAUUGCAGAGCAACGAGUACCACCGUCGUCGAGUUGAAGAUGUCAUCAAGUAUUCUGCAAGAUUUCAGUGGUUUCAUUUCAGAAAUGUGCAGGAAGAUGACGACUUGAUGUAUUGCUUCACACCUGGACCACACUUUCGACUUAUCGAUGCGUGGGUGGAGAUAUUCCUCACUACUCCGAACUGCUAUCUGAUGAUAGCUCUAGAAGAAGUUCGAGUCGCGUUCUUCGAGCAGACCGCGCGUGUCCCGAAUCCGGUCCAUAUGCACAGAGGACCAACAGUUGCCUCCACAGGGCAUUCAUUGAAGCGCAAAGCAGCCAUAGCCGAGGACGGCCUCCAGAUAAAGUGGAAAUAUGGAAUAGACAACAACGUGGAGGAGCCCCCAACUGAAUCCCGCAAACGGUUCCGCAACGAUGAUACAGCACCAAGGAUUGAGCAGUUUCUCUCAUCCCGCUCAUCGUCAGACCUGGGACGUGUUCUUGAGACGGUUGUAUCAGAUACAACUACGCAGCACUCCACUGCCUCCCAGGCCGCCAAACCCCAUGCACCUGUGGUAUCGACAACGACAGUGGUAGCGGUACCUGCAGUGGCGGCGGCAUCUCAAGUUCAGCCAACGGUACCCGUAACUGUCACUCCAGCAACGGUAGCUGUCCAGGCUCCCUUAGCGGAUCCUAUCGCUGCAAUGAUGGCCCGCUUUCCAACUAGAAAUACAGUGAAUGUUUCUGGUAGGGGAUGUAAAGGUGUUGCGAUGUCGCGUGGUCAAAUUCGUGCUCAUCUUGAGAUCGAAGGGAGGACAUUAGCAACACUUCCAUCUUCAGCUAAUUCCGAUGAUCGCCACGAGAUGAGAGGGGUAGCACCACCAAGAACGGUUGAUCCUACUCUAAUCAAUUGUGUCACUACUGCACAAGAGAUGUUGACUUUCCUUCCUUACCAGACCGUAAACUACGAGCUGUGGGAUCGUAUACGAAAGUCAUGGUCACCGAAAGAAGUCGCUGACUUCAUGUCUUACGCUCGUCAACUGCAAAGUCCCCGUAGCUACCACCGUACCGCAUUCCACCACGAUCAUGACGGCCGGCCGGCCGAUAUGCCGACACAUACUUUCACAACGAAUGUACCUUCGAACAUGUCAACGAGAGGGAAAACGGACAAGAAGGCAGCCGAUCGCCCUCUACACGACUACUUUCUACAUCAUCUAGGUGAUGGUGUAGUCAAUUACCCCACUGCUCGCGACGCCCAGCUCCUCACGCAUUGCGUUCAGCAUGCCCGAAACGUGUCUCAUGAUAUGAAUGCCAGGAUAUCAGAGAUCGUUCAGUAUGCGACAAGGCACAAAAUCACCGUUCCUGCUGCCGAUCUGAUCCAACCUGAUACCAAUGUUGUCGUUGAGGAUACACCGUCGCAGGCCUUCCUUGACAUGAUAGAUAGGGAUUUUGUAAAUCGACACGGAACGAGAUCGGGUACAGUGUAG